CGCAAUAAAGUCUUUCAUAUGCUUAUGUCAUGGAAUGGCGUCCAUUUCUCUAAUAUAACCACGCCUCGUUGUAUUUAUUUCUGAAUUGCUUUUAUUUUGUAGUUUAAUUACAAUUAAUUGCCGUUAAUUCAACAUCCUUGAAAGAUCUUUUUAGACUGUACUACGAGUCAUAACCAUGGCUGAGCCCCAAGAACGGUUCGUGAACGUUGUUCCGACGUCUCGUGUCAAAGUUAAGAAAGAAAUAGUCCACGAUGAUGACGAUGCUUUCCACUGCCGUCUCUGCUGGAAGGGGUUUGCCAGUGAGGUAGCACUCAGGAACCAUGCCCGCAUGGAGCAUAUUGAUGCCUAUGCCUCCGGAAACCCUGCUGUUUGGACUCAUGUCAACGAUAAGAAGAAACAACCAACAGAAGACCAUAUCAUCAAGUUGAAGACAGAACAGGUGCUCUCGGAGAUGGAACCCACGAGCGUCAUGGCUUUAGCCUCCAAUGACGUCAGCUACAUCAUCAUCAAAGCUGAAGAUGGACCGGAAACCAAGAAGAAGAGGAUCGAACGGGUCGGGAAAAAAGAUAAGGAGGAGAAACAGGUGCAGAGGAAGGACAAAUCUGAGCCUAUUACCGGUCCCUUUGAAUGCCUUCAACCCUCAACUCUAGUAGCUGACGGCACCUGCCACCAGAUCUUCUUCUCAUGCUGUGAAUACUCAGUACACUACCGGGAUGAGCACACGCGCCGUAGGAAAGGGCUCCGAUGCCAAGUUUGCGAGAAACCCCUCGCCUGCAGCGGGGAGGAGGCACCGGCACCCUACGCUUGUGAGGUUUGCGGCCUAGGCUAUCAGACUAACAAGGAACUGUCGGAACAUAUGGCGAUAGCUCAUGUUAAGCUAAAACCCUUUGAAUGCAGCGUCUGCCAUAAAAGAUUUACUCAGCAGGGUGGAGUCCUCCAACACAUGAGAAUGCACACCGGAGACCGACCAUUCCCCUGCACAUUCUGUCCAAAGGCCUUCACCCAAAAAUCAGGCCUAGACCAACACCUCCGCAUUCACACCAAAGUUAAACCCUAUCGAUGCGUUGUUUGCAACAAAACAUUCUGUCAAUCUGUACACUUGAAGCAACAUAUGCGCACACAUACUAACGUAGCUCCAUUCCAAUGUGGAAUAUGUGACAAGCGAUUUAAACAAAGCAGUCACUUGAACUAUCAUCUCAAAAACCAUAAUCCAGCCGUUAUGACUGAAGAGCAAAGAGCUAAGUACUCCGAACUGAUUGGAAUGAUGAAUAAUCAAGUUUUAGAACAAGAAGCUACAGUACAAGUCGAAACAGAAGUUGAUAGCGAAUGGUGCGUUGCUAUUUCAGAAAGCUGAAGAAAUAUAUUAAGUUUAGACAGACUUGUGAUGUGUUAAAAGUGAUUCAUGUAGUGUCUAGUUCAGUGUUAUGGACUGUCCAGACCAUAUGUACUUAAGUAUCGUCAUGAGCUAAUGGUGA